AUGGAAGAGAAAAAGAAAGAGUUUAUGGAAGACCUGAAGAAGAAUCUGAAGAAGACGGCUGAUGGAGUUUCUAUCUCUGAAGAAGAACUUGAUCGCAUUCGGCAUAAAUACAACAUGCCAAUCUCUGCAAUCGAAGACGGUGGUUACCGGCAGUAUGCACAAUAUGAAGAUCACCCACAAGAAGAUCCUUGUCACAAGAUUGAAGAUGAUUUUGAAGAGCCGCCAGAUCAAGAAUCAGAUCCUGUUGAGUUCGACAAAUAUGUCUCUGCAAAAGUAUCGUUUAAUGCAGAUGGAGUUGAGACUUUUGGAGUUGUUCAAGGUCGGAAGCGUGACUCAUCUGGAAAAUUGAUUGGUCACUACCACGAGAAUCCACACCUUGACACAUCUAUCUAUCAAGUGGAGUUCGAGGAUGGAAAAGUGGAAAGCUUCUAUGCAAAUCAGAUUAUUGAAGGGAUAAUGAUGAAUGUCGAUGAUGAAGGUAACACGAUGUACCGGAUUCGCGAAUUUAUUGAUCAUCAACGUGAUGGACGAGCAGUUAGAGGGGAAGAUGGAUGGUAUACUACCUCCAUCGGUCUCAAGCGUCCACGAAAGACUACUAAAGGAUGGAAAUUAUUAGCUGAAAUGAAAGGUGGAGAAACCGAAUGGCUUGAUCUAUCAGUAGCAAAAGAAGCGUUUCCUAUCGAGGUCGCUGAAUAUGCUGUUGCAAACAAGCUUGUGUCAGAGCCUGCCUUUGCGUGGUGGGUUCCCUACACUUUGAGAAAGCGUGAUCGAGUUUUGAAAGCUGUUAAGCGCCGUGCUGUGAAAAGACAGAAGCCAGAAAAGUUUGGUAUUGAAGUGCCUGGUCCUGGGCCGAAAGGCGUUGCACGUGCGUAUGAACUUGAUGCUCAGAAUGGUACCUCACAUUGGAAUGAUGCCUUGAUCAAAGAGGUCAAAACAAUUCUACCAGCUCUGAAGAUUCUGGAAGAUGAUGAAGAUGUUCCCGUUGGAUACCAGCUCAUUGAGCUUAUGACUGUUUUUGAUGUCAAGAUGGAUCUCACACGGAAGGCACGAAUAUGUGCUAGAGGGGACCAAACGGAUCCAGUGUUGUGA